UCUCCUCGCCAGCAUCGCGCGCGCGGCGGCGUCUGGUGCUCGUCCCGACGUCGCUUUGCAACAGGAACACGGCGGCAUCUCCAUGGGUAGCUGCGCGCCGCCGUGGUGCGUUCUAGCCGCCGCGGUGGUCGCCGCCGUGAUGGUCACGUCGUUGGCCGAGGUGACGACGACGCCGCCGCCGCUGCCGGUGCUGCCUGUGCCGACGGCGGCGCAGCUGAGGUGGCAGCGGCGGGAGGUGAUCAUGUUCUUCCACUUCGGGAUGAACACGUUCACCGACUCCGAGUGGGGCACGGGGCGGGAGGACCCGGCGGCGUUCCGCCCGGCGGCGCUGAACGCCACGCAGUGGAUGGACGCGGCCGCCGCGGCGGGCGCGUCGCUCGUCAUCCUCGUCGCCAAGCACCACGACGGGUUCUGCCUCUGGCCGUCGGCGUACACGGCGCACUCCGUGCGCGCCAGCCCCUGGCGCGGCGGCCGCGGCGACGUCGUGCGGGAGUUCGCCGACGCGGCGCGCGCCCGCGGCCUCGACGUCGGCCUCUACCUCUCGCCGUGGGACCGCCACGACGAGCGGUACGGCCGCGAGGUCGCCUACAACGAGUACUACCUCGCCCAGCUCCACGAGCUCCUCACCGGGUACGGGAGCGUGUCGGAGAUAUGGUUCGACGGCGCCAAGGGGAAGAACGCGAAGAACAUGACGUACCACUUCCAGGAGUGGUUCCAGACGGUGCGGCAGCUGCAGAGCUCCAUCAACAUCUUCUCCGACGACGGGCCCGACGUCCGCUGGGUCGGCGACGAGAACGGCUCUGCCGGCUCCACCUGCUGGUCCACCGUCAACCGCUCCAUGAUCACCAUCGGCGAGGCCGGCAUCGAGAAGUACCUGAACACCGGCGACCCGAGGGGGAAGGACUGGGUGCCGCCGGAGUGCGACGUGUCGAUCCGGCCGGGGUGGUUCUGGCACAACAACGAGACGGCGAAGCCGCUGUCCAAGCUGCUCGAGAUAUACUACAGCUCGGUGGGCCGCAACUGCGUGCUGCUGCUCAACGCGCCGCCCAACACCACCGGCCUCGUCGACGACGCCGACAUCGCCGUGCUUCGCGAGUUCCGCGCCGCCCUGACAACCAUCUUCGGCAUGGACCUCGCCGCGGGCAGCACGGCGACGGCCAGCAGCGAGCGCGGCGGCGGCGGCGGGUUCGCGGCGUCCAACGUGCUCGACGGCCGCGACGACACGUACUGGGUUCCGGCGUCGUCCGACGACGGGCGGCGCAAGGAGGGCGCGCACGUGCACGAGCACUGGAUCGAGCUGCGGCGGCCGCCGUCGACGGCCGGCGUCCCGUUCAACGUGGUGAGGAUCCAGGAGCACGUGGCGCUGGGGCAGCGCGUGGAGGCGCACGACGUGUACGUGGACGGCGCGGCGGCCGUGGCCAACGCCACCACGGUGGGGCACAAACGGCUGCACAGGCUGCCCGCCCCCGUCGCCGGCCGGACGGUGAGGAUACGCCUCGCGUCGCGGCGAGGCCCGCCGCUGGUGUCGGCGGUGGGGCUCCACCUCGACCCUUUCGCCGCGGGCAUGAUGUGACGUCGCGUCGCGUCGCGCGCCAACAGCAAUUAAUAAUAUGGAAUAAAAUUUGGUGCUACGUGAUCAGGACGAGGUGUCGAGGUCACCGGCAAUAAUUGAAGGAGAUAGUGGUGUGACGUGGUCAGUCGCCGUCGCCGGCGCCGUCGUCGUCGGCGGCGGCGGCGCGCGUUCAUUGGCAGCGGGAGAUCGUGUGGCUCGCCGGCCGGCGAUGUGGGAAAGCAGCAUUCAUUUUGGACGGAUGGAUUGAUCUUUCGCCAUGGAAACUACUAUUCAUUGGGUUGGGUUUUGUUGGGUA